UCAAAUCAACACUUGAUGACUUGUGCUAUUUCAAAUGGGUAUGAAUCUCACUUGAUACUCAUUAUUCUUCUUGUGCCGUUCGUAAAAGCAACAUCUAACUAAACAGACUAUAAGUUUUAUAUAUUGUGAACAGUUAUAACGAAGUAAUUCAACGCCGAUCUUUUCAUCUCACGUUCAAGCAAAAAUCAUACUAAAAACAUGUCGAAAAUAACGUUGCAAACAUCAGACGGCGAAAUGUUUCAUGUUGACAUUGAAGUCGCCAAAAUGUCGAACACCCUCAAAACCUUGAUGAAUGAUUUCGGUAUCGAGGCUGGAGACGGAAAAAUUGUGCCGGUGCCAAAUGUCAGCCCUGACACUAUGGAUCUUGUUAUUAAGUGGUGCGAAUAUCAUCACAAUCUCGAUCUCACGAAGAAGAAGAAAAUUGAAGACAACGAAAUCGAUGAUGAUGACGAGGACGAGGACGCUUGGAAGUGGAAGAAUGAAGAAAUGAUAGAUAAGCCAACUUUUAUCCCUAAAUGGGAUAGAGAAUUUUUGGAUGUCGAUCAAGGUACUAUAUAUAAACUCAUUUCGGCCGCAAAUUUCUUGGACAUCAAGGAUUUGUUGGAUGUGACAACAACAACUGUUGCAAACUGGAUGAGAGGCAAAACGGCCGAGGAAAUUCGCAUACUAUUCAACAUCACAAACAACAUGCCCGAAGAAGUCGAAGAGAUGCAAUUUUAGAACCAUUAAGCCAAACAACAUACAACAUUUGAUAAUACGAUCUUUGACAUUUUAACUUUUUCGCAAAAAAAAAACACAAAUCAAUUUAAUGUUCACCUUUCUUUGUAAAGUAUCAGUUAUUAUUUGAACAAUUUCAUUCGCCACUAAUAAAAUAACACAAACUAGAGCAACAGUAUGAAUUCAAUUUCGAGUGGUUUCUCUUUCUAUCCAACAAAUAACAUCAUUUGGUGGCAACUGUAACCGAAAAAGACAAUUUGCCUUUCUUUAAAAAGCAAAAGACUCUUUUACUUUAGUCAGCUUUCAAAAUCAUCAAAUUAUAGGCGAAACAUUAUAUACGAGAGUUUUUAACCAGAUUUCAGACUUUUUAUUUCGAAAAAAUGGAAAUCAAAUCAUUUAAUGAUUGAAUUUAGUUCGAGUUUAUAAGAAUUUUUUAUGAAUUAUAAAUCUGUGUAUGAAAUUUCAAUUAUCCAUUUCGUAACGUAUCCGUUCAAACAUAAAUAAAGAAAAAUUCGCGCCAACCAAUUAACCAUAAAAAACUUUUCAUUUCAUAAAAACUGCACAAAGACAUACUCUAUUUGUCAUCGAACGGUACAUUUUUUUUUGGUAAAAUGUAGAAUACAGCGCAAAUUUCAGUCGAAUCAUCAAAAAAAAAAACACCGUUCUGUGUAUUGUGAUGCUCAUUUACACAACAUAGCCGUAGCCGGUGUCUCUAUGUAUUGUCCAUCUCGUUCUCUCCCCUUUCGCCUAUCAUUCGAUCGCCACGUAGGCAAAAUAAGCGUCAAACAUCUUCCAACACCAAUACACAGUCAAAGUAAAGAGAUGCGCAAACACCGACGGCAUCUCAACUCAAUUGUGUGUUCACAGUAGCAUUAGCACAAGUCAAUGUAUCAGUCGCGUUGGAUCUGUCAAACAAUAAAAUUGUGCAUAAAUUCUAACAGUACAAAGCGGUACGAAGUAUACAAUAUUCUAGUGGUUUUUGUCGAAAAAAGUGAUAAAUUCGCGAUUUAUUCGUUAAUUAGAUGAAAAUAUUCUAAAUUUUUUGGUAUUUUUUUUCGAUCGGAUUAAAUUUGCACGAAAUAAUAUAACCUAACUUUUUGUCACCGAACAUUCGACAACCAAGUUGUUUUGCUGUCACACAUCGAAAUGACGGCCAGUGCAAGUGAUGUGAUUAAGACACUGCGCAGUCUGUUGAACUCCACCCAAAAUGGGCUGCUGGCCAAACAACUUAUGCGCGAAUUUCGUGAAAUGGAAGGGUAUCCAGUGCCUUUCCAACAGCUCGGCUACACAUCCUUCACACAUUUUUUGGAAAAAUCGAAUGAAUUUGACUUGACUAACACGGUGGAUGGACCUCAUGUUCGAGCCAAAUUGACAAAGGAAUCGGUACACAUUGCACAAUUGGUGUCGUCGCAAAAUCGCACGAAGAAGAAAAAAACAUCCAGACCAAUGCCAUUUGUACAACGACGCAAUAUCAAUCACACGAAUUACAACUGGCGGAAUACGGCAUAUCCAAAGAUUGAAGCAAAAGCUCAAGUAAAUCCUUUCAUGCAACAAACGAUCUACAUGGAAAAGGCUAUUGAACAAAAAAUUCAAAUUGAAAAGGCUAUUGCCAUCCAGCAAGCCAUCACUGCAAUUCAAAAAGCAUAUCCAUCGACCAAUCCUGUUUCAUCCCACCAACUUAAUGACACACAAAAUUCCAUCGUGCAAGCGUUAGUUGUUGCAAAUGCACAAGUUCAUGUGAAUCGCAUUAUGCAACAGAAACUACAAGUUCAAACGGCUAAUGCGGUUCAAAAUGCCUUCAAUACGGUUCAAAAUGCGUAUCGUACCAGCAAUCCGAUCUCAUCAUACCAAAGUGCACCGAAAUCGUCUCAACCACAUCAGAAUAUGUCGUAUCAGAACGCACAAAAGUCGAAUCCGUCGUAUCAAAACGCGUCGAAGCCGAAUCAGUCCUACGAAAAUGCGACAAAACCUUCCCAAUAUUCGGCAGCAUCCGUGACUUCUGUGCAAACAUCGAUGGCGUCGAUAAAUUUGCCAACGACAACAACCAUGGUUGCUAAACCAUCAUCGCGUCCAACUACAGUCCUAUCAUCAUCUACAUCGAACAUUCCAAACAGUACCGUCUCGGCCAAGUUACCAUCAUCGAGCAAAUAUCCUUCGGUCGUUGAAAUAUCCGACGAAAAUUCCGCUGCUUCGCCAAAACCGAGACAACGGUCAUCAGACGAUGUUCGAUGGGAUCAUGAUCUAUGGGACAAAACACCGAAAGUACCACAACGAAACAACAAUCAGUCACGAAAUUUGACAACGAAUAAUGCAUUGCCAACAUCAAUGCCGCCAUUAAUAAAAUCCAAUCUUAUUCCAACAUCGGUGCUUAGUAAGUCGACUGUCAACAUGGUGCCAAAAGCUGAGCCAAAACCCGAACCAACAGAGGCUCCGGCCACAGUAUCACCGGCUUGGUUGAGUAGCAAGACCGGACCACAAAGAAAACUAUACGAACGAUUGGGACUUCAUUUUCAAGAAGAACGGCCAAGCAUUCAAUCACGGUUAUUUGUGAAACAAGAACCGACCACAGACACAGUCGAUCAUUUGUCAAUGGUUGCAAAUGUUGCAGAGCAAAAACCAAUUCAAUCGAACAGCAAAAUUGAAAAGCCUUUUGUAUUUCCACAGAUGAACAAAUUGAAAAUGAAUGAACCAGAUCCAAGAGAGAUGCUCGAAAAUUACUGCAAGCAACGUGGAUUCGAUGCACCACAGUACUCCAGCAAUAUCACCAAAUCCAUGAAAUUCGAAGGAUUGGUUCGAUUUGGAGGUAUGACCUAUUCGACACAACCCUUUGAUUACAUAACAGAGUCUGAAGCACACAAAGAAGCAGCUGUAUUGGCGCUUGAUAAUGUCAAAGAUUUUCCCGUUUCGGCCGAAUCGGAUGAGAUGAUUGCACAAAAAAUGUUCGAAUUCAUCUCAGAAAAUGGCAUCUUCAUGAAUCAUUUGCCGAACAUUUUCGAGCAAAAGUACGACAAAUCACUGCCUGUUGGAUGGGAGGGCAUCAUUCGAAAUCGUCCUGAAAUGUUUGAAAUUGUCCAUCAGCCGACCAAUAAUGACAUUGUCUAUAAACGAACGCAGACUGAAGCAAAGCAGCCGAGCAACACAAGCACACCAAAACGUAUCCAGAGAGACGAAAGUGAUGUUUUCGAACUGCCACAAAUGACACUACCGUGGGAUGAAGGAAAGUGGAACAUCGACGUUACAUUGGUCAAUUCAACCAUCGAUGUUUGGUGUACGUGGAGCGAUUCAAGCUAUAUGACCGAUUUAAAUGACGCUUUGGAGCCCAUCGAGCUGAGCUUGAUGAAUGGAAACUCACUGACACCAUGCCGAAAGGUAGCAGUAGGUGGCAUUUACUUGACACCGAUAGUUAAAGAGGAUUUAACCAUCCAAGUGUAUCGUGUCAAGGUGAAAACGAUCGAUGACAGUCAGAAAAAAGCACUGUGUUUUUACAUCGAUGAUGGAUUUGAAGAGGAGUUAACAUUUGAUUCGACCGAUGACACCGAACUCAAAUUGUAUCACAUUCCCACCGAUGAAAUUUGCCAAAUUCCAGCGCAGGCCAUAAAUUUCAGUUUGUUCAAUUUAGAAGAUUUCGCAGAUCACCCAUACGCCAACGAAGAGAUGGCCUGUUUGCCGGACAAUCAAUUUUCGGCCAAGCCAAAAACGUCAAAAGAAGACUAUGAAAAAGAUGGCAAAUUGUGCUUUUCACUCUUCGAUAUGACGGCUACAGAUGAUACGCUUAUGAAUCGAAAAAUUUUGCAAAAGAUUUGCGAUCGAUUCCAACGGCCAGAGUUGGACAAGCGUCACAAUUUGGUCUACGUUACACACAUCAACGACACCGGUGAUAUCUAUUGUCAAUUAUACAAUAGCAAAGAUAUGCAAAAUAUCAAGAAGAUAAUAAAACGAUUGACGGUCAAUGGAAUUUCGGAAGACUAUCGUUUAAACGCUACCGAUUUAAACUAUGUCACCUCGAAUGCUCUGCGUUUGGUCUUCGACACAUCGAACAAUCAUUGGUAUCGAGCCGAAAUUUUAUCAUCAUACACAAACGAUGGUAUCAUUGUGAAGUGCAAAUUUGUUGACUAUGGCUACAUCAAGUAUGUACCUUUGGAGCAUGUCUACAAACUCGGCACAGCACUCAACAAAUAUCCACAUCAAACGAUCACAGUUCAAUUGAACGAAUUUCUUCCACGGGAAUUCAAACCAAAUGUCGUCAAACGAUUGCGAGAAGUAUUGUGUGAACAGAAGAGACUUUGCUACGUUCAACCGAUCAAACUGGAUGACAUUCCAAAGGUUAACGUAUGGAAACGUAUUGAAAAUGUUUUGUGCAAAAUCAACGACUCCAUUCGCAUUGAAUUGGAAAUGGAAGAAUCGCCUGACUUUUUAUCGAUACCAGACGUCGACGACUCAUUCGGUCCGGAUGAGAAAGAUUUGAAAAAGAGCACCGAUCUACCGAUUCAUCCAAAACCAGAUUGCCAUGAAAUUCACAAAGUAAAAGUCAUCACAGCAAGCAUGCCAUCGCACUUUUUCAUUCGUCUAUCGUCCAAUUCACCAGAUUAUGAAGCUAUGAUGCAUUCAUUGUGGAAGGAAUUCGACAAUUCGGAACCGAUCCUCACGAAAAAUCAAGUCCAGAUAAAGCAAUUUUAUGCAGGUCGAUUGACAGAUGGAUAUUGGCAUCGAGUCAAGGUCCAAAGCAUCUUGUCGAACAGUGUGAUCGUUUUGAAAUGGGACUCCGGCGACAUUGAUCAAUUGACCAUCGAUGCAUUACGGCCAUUGCCAUCAGCCUAUCGCAAAAUUCCGCAAAUGGGUUUUCCGGCACGAUUGCACGGAAUCAAACCGAUUAAAAAGGUCUGGAACAAAGACAACUGUGACCAUUUCAUCGAAUUGACCGUUGCAAAAGAGUUCAAAGCUGAAAUUAUGGCCGUUAAAACAGAACAAGAUGACGAAUUCACUGCUGAGGUGGUUCUCGUCACACCGCAAAAAAUCAACAUCGGCGAGUACAUGGUUCGAGAACAACGAGCCGUAUACGAUUCACCGUAGAUGUUAAUAUUUUUAGCAAUUAAAUAGACAAAAAUAUUUAACACUACCACGGGAAAAAAACGAUUCAUAAAUUUAAAAUUAUUACAUUUUUGUCGAGCAAAAGAAUAAUUUUAAAAUUGGAAAGUUAAAUAUCGAAUUAAGUGAAAAACAUUGAAAGGAAAAUGCUUUCAAAAAAAACAUUUUUAGAUGAAAAAAAUAACAUUCUUUUGAAAAUCACAUGAAUUAUUUUGAAGAAAAAAUAAGACAACACGUUUAGUAAU